CUGUAACACACAAACACACACAUACACAAACACACAGUUUUACAGAGGAGCCCAACACUGACGCUUAUUCCAAAAGGAUCUCAUGAUACUCUCUGUUCUCUUCACAUGCCUUCUGGGUUACAACACGUGAAGAUCCAACAUGGAGGUUUAUAUUGUGGGCAUCUGUAUCGCUGUAUGUGGCAACUUUUUAAUCAGCAUCUCCUUGAAUAUCCAGAAAUACACACACGUGCGACAGUCACAGCGAGGAACGCGGCCGUACUACACCAGUCGGUUGUGGUGGUGUGGGAUCUUACUGAUGGGUUUGGGUGAACUGGGGAAUUUUGCUGCUUAUGGGUUUGCACCUGCAUCUCUUAUCGCGCCCCUCGGCUGCGUGUCUGUCAUCGCAAGUGCUUUCAUUUCUGUGGUGUUUCUCAAGGAAACGAUACGUGCCUCUGAUAUUCUCGGUGUCGUUUUAGCACUGACAGGCACUUAUUUCCUGGUCACAUUUGCUCCUCAUUCAUCCCCACAUGUAACAGCAAAUAUGGUGGAGCGAUCGCUGGUCAGCUGGCAGUUCCUUAUUUAUUUUAUGUUUGAGGCGAUUCUCUUUGCUGUCCUGAUGUAUUUGUAUAAAUGUAGGAACAUAAAUCACAUCAUAAUUAUGAUGCUCCUGGUGGCAUUACUUGCUUCAUUGACGGUCAUCUCGGUGAAAGCCGUAUCAGGAAUGAUCACGGAGACGGUCCGUGGAAGUCACCUGCAGUUGACCUAUCCCAUCUUCUACAUUAUGUUCAUCAUUAUGGUCACAUCCUGUGCCUUUCAGAUCAAGUUUCUGAAUGAAGCCAUGAAGAUGUUUGAUGCCACUGAGAUUGUUCCCAUCAAUUACGUUUUCUUUACUGCCAGCGCUGUUGUUGCAGGGAUUUUAUUUUACGAAGAAUUCUAUGGAUUGUCUUUGAUUCACGUAAUCAUGUUUAUAGUUGGAUGUCUGCUGGCAUUUACUGGAGUGUUUCUAAUUGCGAGAGCUCGACCCAGAAUCAAGAUGGACAGCGUGUUUAUUUCAAUGGGCCAAAUUCCAGGCAAAAGUUGUACAGAUAAAGUGCAGCCGCAGUCAGAUGACAGAAAAUUUGGGACUCUAGCGUCCAAAUUCACGUGCAACAGCGGAAUUCAGACGGACGAGCCGUAGAAUCACAGCACCACAUUCAGUGGGAGGAACAGAGAACCGCACUAACAUCAGUGUGUGUGUGUGUGUCUGUACGUGUGUAUGUUUGAAAGCAUGUCCAACUAAUUCUUAUGUUUGAGAACAUCUGAAAAUGUUUUAUUUGUGAAUAGAUAACAGUCUAAAUGUUAUGGGAGUAUUGUGUUGUUGUUUUUUACUUUUUUUAAAGAUCUAAUAAACUAUUGUAAGAGUUCCAUA